AUGAGUAUAUACGGCAAGUCAAAUCUCAUGGAUGCCAUCAGCUUCGUGCUUGGCGAGAAGACCAGCAAUCUGAGGGUGAAGACCCUGCGGGACCUGAUCCACGGGGCUCCGGUAGGGAAGCCGGCUGCCAACCGGGCCUUUGUCAGCAUGGUCUACUCCGAAGAUGGCGCUGAAGAUCGCACUUUUGCACGCGUCAUUGUGGGGAGCUCUUCGGAAUACAAAAUAAACAACAAAGUGGUGCAGCUGAGCGAAUACAGCGAGGAGCUGGAGAAGCUGGGCAUUCUGAUCAAAGCACGCAAUUUCCUAGUCUUCCAGGGUGCAGUCUAUGGCAGUGAUGGCGAACCUAUGGCGCCCAAAACAGCUGAGGGCCAGGGUGACGGAGAAGGGGACCCGCCGUUUGAUCUCGAGGAGCUCCCCCUUUGA